UUUUGCCGGAUGUUCAGUACCAAUACUUCACCCCUGCUGCAGUUUCUAUUUUGUAUAGCUCAACCAUGACUUUCAAAUUUCUCCGAUUUAACAUUAUCCUGAUAUUUGUGCUGGGAACCUCGACAACAUUUGUAUAUUCAUUUUCAAACAAUGUCACUGAUCAACAGGCUUUGGUUUCAUUCAAGUUAUUAAUAACAGAGGACCCCUCUGGUGUGCUAGAGUCAUGGAACAAUUCCUUCCACUUCUGUCAUUGGACAGGCAUUACAUGCAGCCGCAGCAGACAGAGGGUAACCGUACUCGACCUCUCAUCACUAGGCUUGGCGGGUACAUUGUCUCCUCAUAUUGGAAAUCUCUCAUUUUUAAGGACAAUAUACCUCUAUGAAAACCGUUUACAUGGCUUGAUUCCCAGUGAAAUUGGUCGACUUUUUCGCCUACAACAUCUUUCUAUGGGAAACAACACUUUUCAAGGUGGAUUUCCUGCCAAUCUGCUUCAUUGCAGAGAUAUCACAUACAUGAAUUUGGAAAGCAAUGAUCUUGAAGGAAAACUGCCCACUGAUUUUUCUUCCUGGUCUAAGCUUAAUGUGUUUUCUGUUGCGCGGAACCAUUUUGAUGGAUCCAUCCCACCUUCAAUAGGGAACAUAUCAUCUCUUCGUGCUCUUUAUUUAGCUGAUAAUACUUUAGUUGGGGAGAUACCUCAGGAAGUGGCUCAUCUCACAAAACUAGAGGUUCUUGGUUUGUCAGGAAACAGGUUGUCAGGUAUGGUUCCCCUACCACUUUACAACAUUUCGUCCCUCCUUUCUCUUGGUCUAGAAGAUAAUAGGUUUAAAGGAACGCUUCCACCAGGUUUUGGCUUCACCCAGCUUCCCAGACUGCAACAGUUCUCCGCUGGAAAUAACACUUUUACGGGCCCUCUUCCACCUUCGAUAGCUAAUGCAUCCAAUCUUGUCAUCCUUGACCUAUCAUUUAACAACAUAAUUGGGCCUAUACCAAAAAAUUUGGGUAGCCUUCUUAAUAUUGAAUGGCUAGCGCUGGGUCAUAAUCCACUUGGAGAGAAUAUGCAGUCUAAUGAAUGGAGCUUUUUCAAUUCCUUGGUUAAUUGUACCCAUCUAAGGACGUUGGGCUUACACGAGAAUAGUUUAAGAGGGGAGCUCCCUAGUUCCAUUGCAAAUCUCUCCACCACUGUGGAAGACCUGUAUCUGUAUGGGAACCACAUAUACGGAAGCAUACCUCAUGAAAUCGGAAAACUUGUCAACAUGAUACAUCUUAAUUUUGAAGUCAACUUCUUAACGGGGAGUAUUCCACAAUCAAUAGGAAGAUUAUCAAAGUUAGGUGGGUUAUAUUUGAGUGAAAACAACAUUUCAGGAGUGAUUCCAACUUCCUUUAGCAACAUUACUAACUUAGUUGAACUCUAUUUAGAUGGUAAUGUGCUCCAAGGAAGCAUACCCACUAAAUUGUUUAACAUCUCAACUCUAGAGGACCUAUUCCUCGCUAACAACAUGCUUAGAGGGGUAAUACCCGAAGAAAUUGUGUUUCUUUCUCAUUGUAUUUCCCUUAAUUUGUCUCAGAAUUUAGUCACCGGUCCACUUCCAUCCAACAUUGGAAGCUUGAAACAUUUGGCUAGACUAGAUCUUUCAUAUAACAAACUAACAGGAGAUAUACCCGCCACUCUUGAAGGAUGUUUGAUGUUGGAGGAGCUAUAUAUGGGAGGAAACCUUUUCCAAGGUAAAAUUCCAUCCUCUUUCAAAGCUUUGAAAAAUCUUGCAUAUCUAGAUAUUUCCAACAAUAACAUCUCUGGGAGUAUUCCAAGUUUUUUUGAUGGGUUUCAUCAAAUUAUAUUCCUCAAUCUGUCGCAUAACAAGCUUGAAGGUGAAGUUUCAAAGGAAGGUCUGUUUUCAAAAGUUAGCACUUUUUCAGUCGUUGGAAAUUGGGAACUUUGUGGAGGUGUUCAAGCACUGCAUUUGCCUUCUUGUCCAGACAAAGUUUCCAGGAAGAAGAAAAAAACAUUUGCCUUAAGAACAAUACUGAUCUUAGUUCUUGUACCCCUUGGUGUCUUGUUAGCAUGUCUUGCUUUAAUUUCAUACCGACGUCUAAAUUACAAGAAGUUGAAUGAGCCUGUUUCAGGAUUGAAGGAUGACCACUAUCCCAAACUUUCAUACCAAGACCUUCUACUAGCUACAAAUGAGUUUUCUCCGGACAAUUUGAUCGGUGAAGGAAGAUAUGGUUCUGUUUACAAAGGACAUCUUGAAUCAGUGGAACACUUAGUUGCUGUGAAGGUACUAAACGGUGAAAUACAUGGAGCCAACAAGACAUUUUUGGCAGAGUGUGAAACAUUAAGGAACAUUCGCCAUCGGAAUCUUAUCAAGAUCAUCACAGCAUGCUCUAGCAUUGAUUUUAAGGGCAAUGACUUCAAGGCAUUGGUUUUUGAGUUCAUGACUAAUGGGAGUCUAGACAGUUGGUUGCAUCCAGGUCCUUCUUAUCAAGGGUAUGAAAGAAACUUGUCUGUACUCCAAAGAUUAAAUAUUUCCAUUGAUGUUGCAUUAGGAAUAGAUUAUCUGCAUCAUCACACCCAUGCAUGUAUCAUUCAUUGCGACCUAAAGCCAAGUAACAUUCUUCUUGAUGAGAAUUUUGUGGCUCGUAUCGGUGAUUUUGGUUUGGCAAGGUUCUGCUUUUCGACAACAACUGACAUCAAUCAAGCACAAAUGAGUUCAACUGGUGUCCGUGGAACAGUGGGAUAUGUUCCUCCAGAAUAUGGAAUGUUUGGAGAGAUAUCUACAAAGGGAGACGUGUAUAGCUAUGGCAUUCUUCUACUACAAAUUUUCUCGGGGAAACAGCCAACAGAUAACAGCAUAUUAAUAGAUGGCGGUGAUAAUCUUCAUGACUAUGUGAAGAAGGCACUCCCGCAAAGAGUGAUGGACAUUGCUGACCCGCGGAUAUCACUAGAUCAAGAAGAACAUGGAUUGACUGUCAAUCAAUCAUACAACAGGGCUAUUAUGGAGGUAUGCCUGGAAUCAAUAUUUGAAGUGGGGUUAUUAUGUUCAGAAGAGUUGCCACAAAAGCGCAUUGACAUUAGUGUUGCUAUUAAGAAGUUACAUAUAGCAAAAGAGAAACUUCUGCAGCUCAGGCACUAACAUAUGUGAGAAUUUUUAUAUUUACUCUUCUAUAAAUACAGUCAAUCUCCUAAUGAUACAACUUUGCAUGUAUGUUAAUUGACUUAAAGCAUUCUAUAGUACCAUCAGGUUCCCUUGUUUUUUUGUAUUGGCUAAUCUGGAUCUGUAUUGCCUAAUUUGUACCUGUUUACAGUUGCUAAACCAUUUUGUGAUCAGGUAACUGAUACUCGCAACUUAGGUCUGGUGUGUAUCAAGUUCAGGCUUUAAGAUUCUUGACUUGAUUGAUUUUUUGCAUAGCUUCUAUUGUUACCACCUAGUUUGAUUUUAUAUGUUCUUCUCUACCAGGUGAAUAAAUGUUUUAUCUGAUGUUUUUACAAGGGAAACUAUUUGUACCGCAUGCUUCACUACCUGCGCCUUGUAUCCUACUUCUGGAGGACAUUCCCGAAGACAAGUACAUGGGUGGUUUACUGAAGGUGAAUGGAUCUGUUGCAUAGACACAAAAUAGUAUCUCUGUAUUAUAGAGAGUUUUAAUGAACCUGGCAUGUUGUGGCUUUGUAAUUCGCGUGAAUGAAUCUGAUACAUGUUGUCGUGUCUUUCUUGGCCUUUUAUAUUAUCUGUACUCUGUUGUAUUUGCUACAUCAAAUGGGUUAAGGGUAAUAGAAA